GGUCACCCCUGGCUUACUUCAAGCUUCAAGGCUUACUUCACGGCUUACUUUCACGCUCACUUUCACGCUUACUUCCAUCUGCUUUCGCAAUGAAAUACGUGGCCCUGCUCAGUGGUGGCAAAGAUAGCUGCUACAACCUCCUACACUGUGCACAUAAUGGUCACGAACUUGUCGCAGCUGCUUCACUACGACCAGAACUUGGCAAAGAUGAAAUUGAUUCAUACAUGUAUCAAACUGUAGGACAAGACGCAAUAGAGCUGGUCGCAGAAGCCCUAGAUAUUCCGCUGUAUAGAGGUACAAUCAAAGGCACCGCAGUAAAUAUGGGAACAGAGUAUGGCGCCAGACAAGCCACGAAAAGUGCAGCCGUUCGAGGUGACGAAACGGAAGACCUCUUCGAGUUACUUUCGAGUGUAAAAGAUAAGCACCCCGACGUACAAGGUGUCUCUGCAGGUGCCAUCUUGUCCAAUUACCAACGCGUCCGCGUCGAGCAUGUGUGCGUUUGCUUUUCAUAUCUUCGCUACCGAACACUCAGGCUAUAUUAUAGAUGCCGCCGUUUAUCUCUGACUCCACUGUGUUACCUUUGGCAGCGCGAUCAGCGUGAGCUGUUAUCGGAGAUGAUACAAGCCGGUUUGGAGGCCGUCCUCAUAAAGGUCGCUGGCAUUGGACUUACCACAAAGCACCUCGGGCGAACGUUAUCUCAGAUGCAGCCGACAUUACUCAAGCUUAACGAUUUGUAUGAACUACAUCCUUGUGGCGAAGGUGGGGAAUACGAAACUCUCACUCUCGACUGUCCGCUCUUCAAGAGACGUAUUAGCCUCGAAGAGGUGGAGAUUGUCAUCCACUCGGACAAGGAUUUUGCGACAGUUGCAUAUCUCCGUAUAAAAAUAGCAAAACUUGUGCCGAAAGAUGAAGCUUUCGUUCAAAUGCUCCCAGUCCCACCUUUGUUGGAGGAUGAAUUUGUGGAGAUGCAAAUGGCAGCAGACGAGCCAGCGGGGACCAUACCUUCGCUAGCGUCUGGAAAGUUUCGACCUGCACAACUGUCGGAUUCUUAUCCCAACAGCAAGAGAUGUGGUCGCUGGGUAACAAUUGGAAAUGUACAACGCUCCGUGUCAAACCCUGACUCUGCCAUUGAUAUCCAUGAGGAGGUGCGCGAGUGCUUCCAUAUUAUUCAAGCUCAUCUACAGAAGUACGGACUGGAUUUCUCCCACAUUGCGAACAUCAAUAUUUUCCUCUCUUCAAUGGAUUUAUUUUCCCGCGUGAACGAAACCUAUGCCAUGUUCUUUGGCAGUGCACCUCCUGCUCGAGCUUGUGUUGCAGCGGACCUUCCCUCGCCAAUUCAUGUCCGACUGGAAUGUAUUGCCUACGCAGAAGAAUCGGAACGCGACCGAGCCGUCCUGCAUGUUCAAGGUCUAAGUUAUUGGGCCCCUGCCAACAUCGGUCCUUACUCACAAGCGGUCGUAAUCAAGGAACAGAGAAUGUUUCUAUCGGGACAGAUUGGUCUCAUUCCUAGCAAUCUGACAUUGCCUUCACCACAGGCACUCUCAACAGAGACUGCACUUUCUUGUCAGCAUGUCAAGCGUGUCGCUCGAGCUCUGUGUGAACCAGGAAGAUGGAGAUCUCAUUGUCAACUUGCGUUAUAUUGGCUUCAAAGCGCAACUGAUGUCCCAGUAGUAAGGCAUGCAACUGCGAAGUUAGAGGAUACCUCAAGUCCAACUCUUUACGUGGUUGUUGCCAGUUUGCCCAAAGGUGCACUCGUAGAGAAGCAGGUUUUAUUGCAUACAGGUCGCUUCGAGGUUCCAGACGAGGAGGGUGAACUACAGAUGCAAAGCUUUUCUCCACUCUUUCAGACUGGGGAUAUCUCAGGUCAGGAUGGCGCGGGUUAUUGGGAGCUAUCCCGCUUCCCUGUGGGGAGCUCUUCAUGCGCAAUACUUUGUGUCCGCGGUUUAUUGGACAAGAGCACGAUCGAUGCACACCUUCCCGGCAUCCUCAGCAAAAGAGUUGUAUCUGUUCGCCUGUUCUAUGUCCCCUCAGAGUCUUCACCUCCUGUCCCUUCUUUCGUUCAAGAUGAAGAACUACCUCUAACCCUCAUAUCAGCUCGAUUCAUAUCGUCGAGAUGCUCAGACAACUGGGACUACGCCAUCUGCCUUAUUAGCGAAUAGAAUUGCGAUAUAGCGACAAAAAUGACAGCGAUCGAUGUGUAGUAAAGUACAAGGUACUUAGAUGUGCAAUAGUCCAGAUCCGAUCCGAUGAUACACUUAUUCUUACAACCUAGAUGAAAAAGAACAUCGUAAAAUCUAUGGCUAGGUCUCUUCCUUGAGGACCCUCAGCUCAGCGAGACGUCGUCUCAUCUCCUUCUCUGUCUUGGUAGGAGGAACCAUACGAGCAAACAUAGCGCCGGCCUGCAUUAAAAAUGUUAGAUGGCAUUCGAAUACAAGUAUAUGGAGGUCAUACCAAUGUGCAAAUGCCACCAAACCGCAGGACCCAAGCGACACCGUUCUUGCCAUACUUGAAGAUAGCACUUGACACAACGGCAACUAUGAACUGAGGGAACACGAUCGCUAAGUUGUGGAUACCAAGGAUGGUUCCUCCAGCCACCGGUUCAUGAUCGUUAGAAUACAUGUCGGCAUCAUACUCGUUGAACGAUCGUCGACGAAGCAACGGUGCGCGCUCGUCGGGGAAGAUGACCGGACGAAUAGUUGGGGUUGACUGUGUACGACUAUGUGAAGGUCGUCGAGCCCAAGCUCGAGCGAUUGCUUCGGCAUUGGCAGGCCCUUCGUGUUCACGUUCUUUCAAAAACUAUAUGCACAAUGUUGGGUAAAUUUAUCUCGAUGAUGAC